AUUCCGGAUUCUGAAAUGAAGAGCUUCUUCUUUUCCACCCUAAUUCUUCCAUCGCCAUUCCUGAGCCCUAAUCCUUUUCUGCACCUUCAAUGCCGACGAAUUGCGAAGGUUCGCCUCAAAUGGGUCAAGAAUCGGAGUCUCGAUCACAUCAUCGACACGGAGACCGAUUUGAAGGCCGCUUCCCUCCUCAAGGACGCCAUUAACCGCUCUUCUACUGGCUUCAUCACUGCUAAAUCCAUCGCCGAUUGGCCAAAGCUUCUCGGCCUCACCAUCCCUGUUCUUCGAUUCAUCCGGAGGUAUCCAACUCUCUUUCACGAAUUUCCUCAUUCUCGUUACGCUAAUUUGCCUUGCUUUCGUUUGACGGAUACCGCGCUGCUUUUAGAUCAGCAAGAGAGUAGUAUUCACCAAAUUCAUGAGAGCGACACUGUCGAAAGACUUUGUAGAGUUCUUAUGAUGAUGAAAACUAGGGCUAUUCCUCUUCAGUCGUUGCGUCCUUUAGAAUGGGAUCUAGGUCUCCCGUGUGGUUUUGAGAGGUCAUUGAUUCCCAAGUAUCCCGAUCAUUUUCGAUUAGUGAAGGCCUCGAAUGGGGAUUGGUGUCUGCGGCUUAUGGAAUGGCGCGAGGAAUUUGCAGUUUCAGCCUUGCAAAGGAGCAAUGAGAGCUCUCAACUGGGAGAUGCGUAUAGGCAAUUCAAAAGGGGGCGUACCACAUUGGCUUUUCCCAUGAGUUUU